AUGGGAAGUUUGAAAGUAUUUGAGCAGCUUAUAUUUCUUAUGGUUGUACUUGAACAAUUUGAUUGUAAUUUUCGUAUAGUAUGUCCCUAUCUAUUGCGAGCGUCGCUGGAAGUAUUUAAGAACCGUCGAUUGGCUAAGUUAUAUGCUGUAUGGAGAAUGGUAAUGGACACGCUAAUGUGUAGGGCCACUUAUGCCUACCCCAAUGAGCUAGUACUAUUCCUGGAUGAUGAGCGUCGCCAGCUGAGGGACGCUAACUUCACUUUGUCUCAGGAUGUAGAAGAGCUGAGUAUCAUGGUGGACACUCAGUUCGACCGCAUAGCAGAGUUAGAGCAGAGGGUAGCAGCGGAGCAUGCUAGGCUGGAGGCCGCUCGCGUGGAGAUAGCGCGUCAGAGAGCGAGGGUGACUCGAUUGGCUGAGAGGAUACGUGAUAGGAGCGUCGGCAUCAGGGCAGAUGCCGCGAUGAUGAUAGAUGAGGCCACGAGAAGGGGCCGCGGGAGACCCACUAGACAACACCCGGAAGCGGGUAGAGAUAGAGAGCCCGAGGUCAACCCAGACCAAGGCCAAGAGGGCGGGACCGGAGACGGAGUAGCCACCGCUAUUAACCGUAUCACUGACGUCCUAGAGCGCUUGACUGAACACCAAGCUGCUGGACCAGGGCGCCAUCAGGGAGGUCCAGUUGAUUCCGACGAUCGGGCACUGGAAAGGUUCCUGAAGUUUGGACCCCCCAAAUUCUACGGAGGACCCGAGCCGGAAGUGGCCGAAGGCUGGUGGGAGAGGAUCACUGAGAUCUUCGCCGCCCUAAACUAUACGGAGGAGCGAAAGGUGACUUUUGCCACCUUCCAGUUUGAGGGAGCUGCUCGCUCCUGGUGGAACCUAAUGAGGAGAGAGGACGAUUUCAUUCGAUGCAAGCAAGGGGCGAUGAGUGUCGCCGAAUAUGAAAUCCAGUUCACAAAGCUAUCUCGCUUUGCACCUGAGUUGAUAGCCACCGGGCAGAGGCGUGUUCGGAGGUUUGUACAGGGUUUGAAUGUAGAACUACAGGAAAGUUUAGCCGCUGUGAGGAUAGAUACUUUCGCAGAUGCUGUCGAAAGAGCUCAGAGAGUUGAAGUAGCUAGAGCUCAGGUGAAAUCUUUUCAGGCUAAGGAAAGAUUUACCCCCAGCAGUAGUCGAGAGCCGACGUAUAGAAAUACUCCACCGGCUAAAGUGGGCCGAGGAACUGGCGGAGUGACUAGUCCCGGAGCACCGCGAGGUGCACUAGCAAGGGGAAUCGGGGCAAGGAAUGCAGGGGGAAGAAACAAUGGAAUUAGAGGGGGACCGGUUGGAAGAGGACAACCUAGGAAUACCUCGCAAGGAGGCCGAGCCAUAAUUCCCCAAAUGACUUGUUUAUACUAUAAGAAACCUGGCCAUACCAUGGAUAGCUGCUGGAAGAGGCAAGGAAAGUGCCUGAAAUGCGGAAGUAGCGAGCACCAAAUUUCUGGGUGUCCAAAAAUGCAAGAAGGGACUACUUCGAAUGCUAGACCAAACACUUCUGGAGGGAGCCGGCCGACAGUUCCUGCCAGAGUGUAUGCUAUAGGUGACCAACCUGUACCUAAUGCCUCGGAAGUGGUGGAAGGUACACUCCCGAUUUUUCACCGAUUAGCUAAAGUGUUAAUUGACCCUGGUGCAACCCAUUCAUUCGUUAAACCAUCCUUUAUGUCUGGAAUAGAUGUGCAACCUGUUAAAUUACCCUUCGAUCUUGAAGUUAGAACACCCAUGGGUAAUAAGAAUGUAAUCACUAGUCUGGUUUAUAAGAAUUGUGAAUUCUGGAUUGGAGAGCGUAAAAUGCUAGUGGAUUUGAUCAGUCUGGACAGAAAAGGUUAUGAUGUUAUAAUAGGAAUGGAUUUUCUAGGCUAUCAUCAUGCUAAACUUGACUGCCGAGCGAAAGUGGUGAAAUUUUGUAUACCUGGUGAAGCAACCCUGAGGUUAGAUGUCAAAGGUAGGUUAGCAUCAUCUGCUAUGAUCUCAGGAAUUCGAGCCAGGAAAAUGUUGUCUAAAGGAGCUCAAGGUUUCUUAGCUUUCUUGAUAAACGCUCCCAGUGACCAAGUGAAGCUGGAAGAUGUACCAGUGGAUCUGUUGGAGAAAGGUUUUGUGAAGGAGAGUGACUCACCUUGGGGAGCACCCGUUCUAUUCGUGAAGAAAAAAGAUGGAAGCUUGAGGUUGUGUAUCGAUUAUCGAGGGUUAAAUGAGGCUACAAUUAAGAAUAAAUACCCUCUAUCGUUGAUUGAUAGUCUGUUCGACCAACUGCAAGGGUCAGUGGUCUUCUCUAAGCUGGAUUUAAGGCAAGGGUACUAUCUGUUGAAGAUCAGGAAGGAAGAUAUACCUAAGACUGCUUUUAGUACAAGAUACGGACAUUUUGAGUUUGCAGUCAUGCCUUUUGGAUUAACCAACGCACCAGCUGCUUUCAUGGACCUAAUGCAGAGAAUUUUUAAGAAGUAUCUGGAUCAGUUUGUAGUGGUUUUCAUAGAUGAUAUCUUGAUUUACUCUAAGACUCGAGAGGAGCAUGCUAAGCACUUAGAGGUGGUUUUGCAGAUACUAAGAGAACAUAAGCUGUAUGCCAAAUUCAGCAAGUGUGAGUUUUGGUUGACUGAAAUAUCUUUUCUAGGACACAGAGUUUCUGAAGAUGGAAUUGCCGUGGAUCCGGCAAAAGUUGAGGCCGUUAUGAGUUGGAAACAACCAGAAACUCCAACUGAAGUUAGAAGUUUCUUGGGCUUAGCAGGUUAUUACAGGCGAUUUAUUCAGGAUUUCUCGAAAAUUGCAGGACCUAUGACUGAGCUAACCAAGAAAGGAGCUAAGUUUGUCUGGACUCCGAAGUGCGAGUCAAGUUUCCAGGAACUAAAGAAGCGGUUAACAUCCGCUCCUGUUUUGGUUUUACCUGAUGGAGGUGAAGGUUACGCUGUACAUUCUGAUGCUUCCAGAGCAGGUCUGGGAUGUGUUUUAAUGCAAAUGGGUAAGGUAGUUGCCUAUGCGUCUAGGAGAUUGAAACCCCACGAGCAAAACUACCCAACUCACUACCUAGAACUAGCUGCAGUAAUUUUUGCCUUGAAGAAAUGGAGACACUACUUGUACGGCGUUACUUUUGAGGUUUUUACGGAUCAUAAGAGUCUCAAGUACUUGUUCUCCCAAAAUGAGCUGAAUUUGAGACAAAGGCGAUGGGUAGAAUUCCUGGAAGAUUAUGAUUGCUCGAUUAAUUACCAUCCAGGAAAAGCCAAUGUGGUGGCUGACGCUCUAAGUAGGAAGGCCCAAGUAGCAGGGUUAAUGGUAAAAGAGUGGGAUAUGUUAGAGGAAAUAAGUGGUUGGAACCCUCGCUUGGAGAAAUUGAAGGUUUUAUUUGGGAACUUAUCAUUGAAGUCACCGUUACUAGAGCGUAUUAAGGAGACCCAGCAAACGGACCCUAUGAUUCGGAAGAAUUUGGAGAAAGUACAAAAAGGGGAAACCCAAGACUUCAAAUUAGGGCCUGAGGGGGUAUUGAGGUCUCGAGAUCGAAUUGUGGUUCCGGCAGAUGAUGAGAUAAGACAAGGAAUUCUAGAAGAAUCACAUCGGUCAAAGUAUACUAUACACCCAGGGGUGACUAAGAUGUAUCACGAUGUAAAGGGAUUAUACUGGUGGGAAGGUUUGAAAAAGGACGUGGCCGCGUUUGUGCAAAAAUGCUUGAUCUGCCAACAAGUAAAAGCUGAACAUCAAAAAUCCUCUGGAUUAUUGCAACCGUUAGAAAUCCCUGAAUGGAAAUGGAAACACAUAACAAUGGAUUUUUUAACGGGCUUACCUAAAAGUCAAAAAGGUUUUGAUGCAAUUUGGGUAAUAGUCGAUCGACUCACUAAGUCUGCACACUUUUUACCUGUAAGCAUGAGUUUUUCAUUGGAAAAAUUGGUCAAGUUGUACACAGAAGAGAUCCUAAGGUUACAUGGUAUUCCAGUGAGUAUCGUGUCUGAUCGAGACCCAAGAUUUGUCUCGCGUUUUUGGCAGAAAUUUCAGGACUCUUUGGGGACCAAGCUGAAAUUUAGCACUGCGUACCAUCCCCAAACCGACGGGCAAUCGGAAAGGACAAUUCAAACUUUGGAGGAUUUACUGAGGUCGUGUAUACUGGAUUUUGGAGGUAAGUGGAGCCAAUAUAUGACCUUGGUGGAAUUUGCAUACAAUAACAGCUAUCAGGCUUCGAUUCAGAUGGCACCUUAUGAGGCUUUGUAUGGAAGAAGGUGUCGAUCUCCGAUUCAUUGGGAUGAAGUUGGAGAAAAUAAAAUCGUAGACCCUACAGCUAUACCUUGGAUUGAAGAAGCCCAGGAGAAAGUAAAACUAAUUAGAGAAAGGCUUCAAGUUGCUCAGAGGAUGAAGAACGGAAAUGGAGCCCCGGCGGCUAAUGGGAAUGGCCAUGAAGAGCCCCUUAGGCCUAUUUACUACCGAGCUCUAGGGGGGGAGCUCAUGUUGACCUUCGCCUACCCGAAUCAUCUUGUGCUUGCUCUGGACGACGAGCGUCGUCAGCUGGUGGAUCUUAACCGAGAGUUACAGGUAGAGGUGGACGAGCUAAGACAGAUGGUGGGCGCUCAGGGUGAGCGGAUUGCCGAGCUUGGGGAGAUGAUCAAGGGUGAGGUGGCCACAUCCGCAGUUGUUCGUGAGGAGCUCGAGAGUACUAGGGCUCGACUUACUAGUUUGAGAGGGGAGGUCCGUGGUCGGGCUUCCAGGAUUUUGACUCAUGCUACUAGGCUAGUGGAUGAGGCGAUGGAGGCAGUCCAUAACUCUGAGAAGGAAGAUUCGAAGGAGGAUCCUGAGGAGGAGGGACUUUAUGUAGAGAUACAAGAGGGCUUGGCUGUAGCCCAAAUCUCUACGUUCACUGAGGCACUAGAGAAAGCUCAAAGGGUAGAAAAUGCAAGGAUGCAAGUAAGGGACUUCCACAAUAGAAAAGAAACUUUUCUAGUCAUACCUCUGGACAAACUAGUAAAAGUGCACAGCCUUCCAAAAUGGGAAGAGGAGCGGGAGGACCGAGGACUGCCGGAGUUUCGAGAGGAGCUUUAUCUAGAGGAGGUCGUAGUGGACUGA